GAUGACUGUGAAGGAAUUCAUCCUGAUGUAAUUGAAGAAUAUUAUGGGGUACAUGGUGAUACUGCAACUCGAAGACAACACCAGACCGGAGCGGGACAUCCCAUGGAUGAAGAAGACAGUGAUGAUGACGACGACGAGGAACCUCAAAACAUAGUACAGUCAAUCAAUGACCAGCAAAGGGACCAUGUCCACCAUGAAGCCAUCAGUGUUCCGUCACAAAGGAAACCUUUCAUCAAUGACGAAACACACCAGCAAUUUGCUGCUGUUCUCACCGAAGUUGUAGCCAAAGAUAUCACACCAUGCCAUUGCAGGCUGACCACGGACGAGUGGGAAGGUAAUGAAUACCCGAUUUUUGAGACUAUCCCCAUUGGUCGACGUGGAUCCAAAGAACUUCAUGUCUCCCUUGCUGAAUUGAUAUGGUUUAAGCGAGCAAAGCUAUGGUGCCAAGCGUCAGUUGUAUUGUCAUAUUUUUUAGCCGCCGGUAGAGAGUGA